GUCCUCUCCAUGCUGCCAGCAACCCUUGAACACUUCGUUAUGUGGAGAAAUGGCGUACAACUCACAAUACGACCCCAACAUGUACCAAUCAGGAUCGCCUCAACCUGGAUAUAUCCAACCAAGCCAUAGCCAGAACGACUACGCGCAACAACCGCAACCUGCAUAUGUCAAUGGGAGAAAUCCAGCUUUCGAAUACCAUGCAGCGGAAGAGCUACUCAAGAGCAAGAAGAAGUAGAAGAGAAAGCACAAA